AUGUCAAGUGGAACAGUGAGAAGGGUUUCACGCCAAGAUAUACAACUGGUUCAAAACCUUAUAGAAAGAUGCCUUCAACUCUACAUGAAUCAGAAAGAAGUCGUUGAAACUUUACUGGAGCAAGCUAAAAUCGAGCCUGGCUUCACUGAACUAGUUUGGCAGAAGCUUGAAGAAGAGAAUCGUGAGUUUUUCAAGGCUUACUAUCUGAGGCUGAUGGUGAAACACCAGAUAAUGGAAUUCAACAAGCUACUUGAGCAGCAGUUUCAACACAUGCAGCAGAUGCAUCCAAGUGGAGUUACUUCCGUCCAAAACACAAAUGGUUCUCAUAUUCAGUCAAUGAGUCAGAAACAUUUGGGUUAUACCUCUGAUCAAUCUUUGAAGUCUGAUGCACAUCAUCCUAUGCCCUCAAGUCUCUCUAAUGCAUACCUCAAUGGCUCUUCAACACUCAAUACAAAUGUAGCCUCUUCUGUGAACAUAUCAACCCAUGGAAGGAGAGUUGAUGCUUCUUCUCCGAACAUGCUCUCAUCACAGACCACAAACAUGCCUAUGAUGCAAGGAAUGAAUGGAGGAGGGAUGAUCAAGUCUGAGACUGCCUUUACAAACCCUACUUCAUUCAUGUAUGGUGGUGAAAGGAAUGCCUUGGGAGGACAUUCCACAGUUAGAGACACUUCAAUCCCAUCUUUUGGUAACGAGUCCAACAACAACCAACCUCUCAGUGAGCCGCUUCUUGAUUCAGAAGCUGCUACUUUUGGUUUCUUAGGUCAAAUCCCUCGGAACUUCAGCCUCUCUGAUUUGACAGCUGAUUUUUCUCAGAGCUCAGAGAUUCUGGAGAGCUAUGAUAAAUCACCUUUCCUUGUGCCAGAUGGUGAAAAUUUCCUGGACUCCUGCGACAGGGGAGAGUAUCAAGGAGACAACAAGAGAUUGGAGACCAUAUCUGAAGGUUUCAGCUAUGAUAACCUUGGGAGCGAGUAGUUAGGUAACAGGUUAUGCUUCACUACUCAUGAUGUAGGGGACUUUUGGGUGAUAUAACAUAUUCAGGCUUUUGAUCUUUUCGUUGCAAAGACUAUAGACUAUUGGGUGGGGUGUAUAAAAAGGGUUUUCCAUUUAACAUUAUUACUUUUAGCUUAAGGUUAUUAGUAAUAAGUUUGAGAUGAUCAUAUGUAAUUUUCAGUGUGUGGUUUUGCAUUUUUUCUCUUUUGUUUUAGCUUUUUGAUUACUUGUGAUUUUGCAUCUUUUCUUGUGUUUUAGUUUUUUGACUUGUUAUAACUCUUUUGUUAAUACAUUAUAAAAGUGUGAUUUAACUUAACUGCUUAUGUUAAGUAA